UAUUCAGUGUGCAUGAUGGUUUGCUGUGCACAUACUGGACACAAAUGAACACCAACAGACCAAAGGAAAAAAAAAAUGUAGCUCCCAUUCAGUGAGGAAAUGGUCCAUUUUUCAGAUGGUUAGGAUAGUCCAAUCAAGGCAAUUUUUGGUUGGCGAAGUUUGCAGAGUGCCUGGUUUGGAGAAUGAUGGGCUUGCUUCAUAGAGUUCCAUGAGUGCCAAUCAAAAUAAUGCAGGACAAUUAACCACAAGACCCAACUAUGUUUGAAGGGACUGUGCGAAGCAACCUUGACCUUCUUGAAGAGUAUACAGAUGAACAGAUUUGGGAGGCUCUAGAUCGGUGCCAACUAGGGGAUACAGUUAGGAGAAGGGAAGGAAAGCUUGACUCAGCAGUGACUGAAAAUGGAGAGAACUGGAACAUGGGUCAGAGGGAGCUGGUAUGUCUGGGACGAGUGAUAUUGAAGAGAAGCAAGGUCUUAGUACUCGAUGAAGCAACCGCUUCAGUCGAUACUGCAACUAACAGCCUAAUUCAGCAAACAUUAAGGCAACAGUUUUCGGGCUGUACAGUCAUCACAAUAGCACAUAGGAUAACAUCUGUUCUCAAUAGCGACAUGGUCUUGCUUCUUGAUAAUGACCUUAUUGCAGAAUAUGACUCUCCAACGAAACUGUUGGAAAACAAAUCAUCUUCAUUCGCCAGACUUGUUGCGGAGUAUACUGUAUAUCGACAUGAUGAUAAUAACAUGGAAAACAUGGGAAUUCAUGGAUUGUUGGCUCCAUUGAAGGCUUUUGGAUACACCGUAGAAGCCCUGGAGAUGAUGUUGUUGCCCAUGGCAAAAGAUGGUACUGAGGCUCUCGGCUUAAUGGGAAUUGAUGCUCCUUUGGCUGUGAUGUCCAAUAGAGAGACUUACAUUUGAGUAUUUCAAGCAGAUGUUUGCUCAGGUUACAAACCCACCGAUUGAUCUGAUCCAAGAGAAAAUAGUCAUGUGGAAGGGGACCUUACUGAAACAGUUCAUGUGGAAGGCUAUGUGGCAGUUUGAUUGUUUUGAAAACUUUAAAUAGACCAUUAAUUUUUUUGUUG